AAUUUCAUCCCUGUUGGCUCACCGACAAAACGCGACACCCUGGUGGUCACGAUCAAGUGGUUUUACCGGCCGUGCGAGAUUCCUGAGAGUGUUUAUCAAUUGCUCAUCCAUGAUCGAAACGCUGAUGAUCAUUUGGCGCGUGAUCAGGUGAUUAAUAACUCUGCCAUCCAGUCACGAGAGCUCUUUAUUUCUGAUGCCACUGAUACCUAUCCUGUCAAUGCUCUAAGGGGGAAGUGUCAGGUGACCCACUACCAGGAUAUCUUCUCCAGCCAAAGAUUUCCAACCCGAAAAAGACUCCUUUUUUUAUGUCCUCGGGUACACCCGGAAACCAAAAGGCUGGCGAACACGCAGGGGGAGAUUCGGGUGGGCUCAAGCCACCAGGCUCGCCUACCUGAAUACAAGCCUGAUGUCGUGCCCAGAGAUAUGCCUGAGAAAACGGAGGCAUUUGAAGAGGUACGAUGGAGGCCUUGCAGUGUCAUGGAUGGAGAUUUGAUGAUGUAUCUUCGAGCUGCCAGGAGCGUAGCAGCGUUCGCGGGCAUGUGUGAUGGCGGUUCGACAGAUGAUGGCUGCCAGGCUGCCUCCAUGGAUGAAACGACUAUCAAUGCCAUGGAUACGCUCCAUAGGUUUAACUACGACACGGGCAAAGCUCUACAGGCCUUAGUUAAGUGCCCUGUACCUCGCAGUGUGGAGAGGAAAUGGACUGAGGAUGAAAUGAAGCGAUUUGUCAAAGGGCUCCGACAAUACGGCAAGAACUUCUUCAAGAUCAGAAAAGAGAUGUUGCCACACAAAGAAACGGGCGAGUUGGUGGAGUAUUACUAUUUCUGGAAGAAAACGCCCGGUGCGGCUUCGACACGUCCACACAGACGCCAUAGACGACAAGGUCUGAAGCGACAAAACACCAGAUCUCAGCGACCACCUUCCAGCGAAUACUUGGACCUAAGCUCUGCUAGUGAGUUGUCAGACAAUGACUCCGAAGACAGUGAAGGACGAGACUUAAGCGGUUAUGCAUGUAGACACUGCUUCACAAAGACUUCCAGAGAUUGGCAUCAUGCAGGGAAGGACAAAACAUUGUUGUGCACAGACUGUCGCAUUUUCUUCAAAAAGUACGGUGAAGAGCGCCCCCUAGAUGGCCCCAGAGACCCGCCCCCUUUCUUAUUUAAGCCAGUCAAAGACGACGACACAUCUAACGGGAAACACAACAUGAGAACUCGACAAAGCAAAGAGGCUAAAAGUCGGCUGAGAUCUCAAAAAGAGCGUCAGAGUACAAGUAGUCCUGACAAUAUAGACAGCCCUGUGAAUAGUUCCUGCAGCUCGCAGAAAAACGGCAGUGGCAGGAAGUCCCCCAGCAAUCUGAGCACGUGCAGUAGCAGUAGCACGGACAGAGACAAAAGUUCUACAAAGAAAUCUGUCAAAGACAUAGCAGAGAAAGGUACAAAAAGGCAUUUGGAUAAUGACAGUGAAGACAAACACUCCAAGAAGAAGAAGUCUCAGGAAAGGUCAGAUUCUGAAUCCUGUUCUGACAGCAGCAGUGUAUCUGGAAAUGAGGAAAAUGGCAACGAGGGUGAUAUUGAAAAUAAUCAGGAUGAUUUAACGAGUUCCAGCCCUGCUAGCAGUAUACCAAGUCCAGAGGAAAAUGAAGGGGAGUUCACAAAAUCUGACGCCACAAUACCUCUGUCUCAAAUCAAACGCGAGAGAUCAGAAACGCCGACAGGUCGUGCUGUAGAGCCUACAGUCGCAAAUAUCAUACCAAAAGUCGAACCGCAAGAAGAAUGUGACAAGCCCCGCCUCGUUGCACCCAUUCCGACACACCCGGACAAACUGUCUCCCCUGAUCAGUCGACCUGUAAUGUCUGACAGAUUGUCUCCUGCUGUACAUAGCUCGGCCUCGCCAUUACAACAUCUCCCACAUCCGCCACCACUACAGCCAUUACAUUCAACGGACAAACCCCCGUCGCACUGGACAGAGGCCCACCAUGGGGACCACAUGCCACGUCACAUCAGUUCGGAGUUGGCCAACCAGCAUGCACAUGACCACAUGGCGCCUAAGCUUCAGCCUCAUGUACCGAUCCCACCACUGCAAGGGUCGCCUCACCCUCAUGCACAGCUACUACAACAACAGCGCUGCCGGUCGCCCCCCUCACCGGCAUCUUCCCGGUCGCCGGCUCCACAGCGUCCUCCUAGUCAGCACUCAUUGACGCCUACAGCAGAUUCCAUGCACACUCCACCCCCAUCCCUGUCACAAGUCGCGCCUCCCCCACUCCAACCCCCAUUGCUGGCCUCCCAGGCUCAUCCGCCCCCACACCCUCACCCCUUGUCCCAACCUCAUCUCCACUCCCCACAGCAGCCCCCUCCACAUAUACCACCACCCCUUCUUCACCACCAGAAUGCGCUGCCACCGCCGCCCCCACUCCAGCCCCUCAUUCCAAAGCGUCCUGAGCCUGGAGCUGAGGAUCCUGAGGGUGGGGUAAAGCCUGAUGUUAGCGUGUGUAUCAAGCAGGAGCCCAUGUCGCCUCGACGUGUGGAGGGUGAGGAUUCGGAAGAGGAGAUGACAGGACCACCAAGUCCCGGACCAGAUCCCACCCCUUGCAGGGAAGAGCUCCUGCGAAGUAAAAAUGCUAUAUUCCUUCGUCUGUUGAAUAGAGGAUAUAACUCUUGUUCCCGAUGUGAUGUUGUGUUUAAACCACCUCCGGAUUCCAAACUGGCCAAAAAACGGGAUGAAAGGGAACGAAAGUCUUCAGUAUCCAGUAACAGCAACCCUGUGUCAACAUCAACAUCUUCCACCACAUCGUCAACGACAUCAUCUACGCAUGCCAAAGAGGAGAAAACUCAUAAGAGCAGCAGUAGCUCGGAGCGCGGCACCCCACAUUCAUCGGCUGAUGCCCAAAUCACCAGCAGCCUUACAUCAUCUCAGCACAUGCCCUACCCAGAGCGACACACCCCUCGCCCGUACCCCAGUCACGACACCCCGGCCCUUAGGCAGCUUAGUGAAUAUGCUCGACCCCAUGUCAUCGGUCAGGAGAUUCCACGUUCUUUACCAUAUGCCAUGGGCAGUUUACCUCCACAUGUGGACCCCAUGGUACAUUACAGACUGGCAAUGUGCCCUCCAGGAUCAAGAGAAAGGUUGGAGUUUGAGUUGGAGAGAGACAAGCGAGAACGUGAUGCCAGGGAGAGAGAACUCAGGGAAAGAGAACUUAGGGAAAUUGAACUGCGAGAAAAGAUGAAAGCAGAAUUAGACAUGAAGCCCCCAGGAUUUGAGCGAUUGGUGGGCCCAGGAGGUAACCCAUUGGAUCCUCACUUGUUAGAACUCCAGAGGCGUUACGGCUACCCCAUACCUGGGGGAAAUGCCCUGGUACCCACAGGAGCGCAUCACAUCCCUGGAGUGUACCCACCCACGAGUUUAGCCAGCGACCUUAUAGCGCGAGAUCGGGAGCGACUAGAUCGUCUAGGCAUGCCCAUGGGCCCCCCUAUGGCCUGCGAGUCAAGCUUCAACCCCUCCGAACUUAUGUCUGCUGAGAGACUUCAGGCUGAAAGAAUGGCACUGGCUGCGGACCCUAUGAUGCGAUUGCAGAUGGCGGCUGCUAACGCCCAUGCUCACACACACACCCACGCCCACUCACACACCCACCUCCAUCUCCAUCAACAACAAGAGAACCUACCGCCUCUCCACCCGUUUGCGACUCCGCAUCUAAUGCCUCAUUUCUUACCAGGAGCUGACCCAAUGGCUGGAAUACCCCCGGGAGCUUCUGCUGGCCCCACCAGUGCAGGACAUUUGCCAGGGAUUCAUCCAUCCCUAUCCCAGCAUCCCCUACUGGCAGGGAGAGAAAGAGAGAUGGUCCAUCCAGAUAUACUGGCCAGAGCACAGUAUGCUGACCCAGCUUUAGCUCAUCAUUUAUCAGCCCAGGCUCACCACGAUGCUUUACAGCGGAUCGCUCUAGAACGAGAGCGUUACGGAACCCCGGGCCACAUGCCUCACUAGCCUGAGCGCCUGUACAUAGGAACACUUGUAUAUAGUCUAUUUAUUGGAGACAGGCUUGAAAAGACUUUCUAAGUGAUGAAUAAAUGUUUGGAGAUACAUGUGGAGUAUUCUUCUUGUAUCUGGUGGUGGCAAAAUGUCACAAGUCUCCUCGCUCCUGAUUUUCACCAAAUGACACCUGAUGAUUAUUAUUUUGUGGUGUGACAUUGCGAUCUUGUGAGGACCACAGGCUCCACUCUCGUGAUACGUGGUACUGCUCAGAAUCUGGAAGAAAGGAAGGAAGGAAAAUUCAGAUUCAUGGCCAUUAGAUUAGGCUACAGUUUACUGGGAUCAUUGUUACAUGGGAUAAAAUUCCUGAUAAUGGGCAGCACAAAGAAACUUUCUGAAAACUGGCUUUAAUCAGUCACAGUUUUUGCGGUAUUCAACAUUUUUGUUCCAGAUGCUGUGGAGACUAUGUUCUUAUUUCAUAUCACUCUCUCUCUCCCCCCACCCAAACAUCUCCACCCUAUCCACCUCUACCACCUCUCCCUCACUUCAACAUUUAUCAUUCUUGACCUUAGCAAGCUAUUUCUAAGUUUGUUAAUGUUCGCCCUUGAUACUUUGAGAGUUUUGAAGGAUAAGCACACAGCAGUUUAACUGGAGCUUCCUUUGUUAAAAUGGUGUAUGUAUCAAAAACAGCAAGAUUUGGUGUAGCAUCUGUGACAGUACUGUGGGGUUUUCUUUUCUAUGCAUAAUGUAAUUUAAACCAGAAUAAUUUAUUAAAAAGCAUUUUGUCUAUCAGAUACAAGUGAAUGUUUGAGACUGUUUUUUUUCUGUCAAAUGGUAUCAUCUUUAUAAAGCAAUGGAUAAAAUGGGACAAAACUGUUUAUCAUGGAAAAAGCAGUCGUGCAUGCCAAGGGGUUCGAGUCUGUUGUGUUGGCUGUAUUGUGAUCAACAUUGAAUCUAACAUUCACCUAAAUAAAAUGACAUAUAGAAAUAACAUAAGCAAGCAGAAAAGAUCAGUUCGAAAAUGUCUGGUAAAGUACAUCAUUGUGUUUUUAUAAAUCAAAAUUUAACUUAAAAUUUUCGAGCUUUUGUCAACCAAUACGCGCAGCUUGUCUUCUUCCCUGAAAAUAAUUUUGAAAAUCAAAAGAACCCUCUUUUAACAAUUUAAGAAAAAUGUACAGAGUUACAUCUUACGAGUUGCACAGAAAUAGAAACAUUUUCAAUAGAUCUUGGAGAAAGGGGCUGGGGUAGGGGAUGUGAAGACAAGGUUGAAGUGGAAAUCAGUGUCGGAUGAAAAUAACAAGGGUUGUGGUAUCGGUCAGUUUUCUCGCCCUACAUGCUGUUUGAUUAGGGCAUAUACUCUUGAUCAAUGAAGUUUGACCCCUUAAUAUGGCAAGUUGAAAUGUCAACAAUUGAUGAACUACAGCUAUGCAAAAAUCAAGAAUGCAGUUCUCGUAAGGGAAACGUGAGAUUUCUGAGAUCCUCAGUAAGGACACUGCAAAUAGGUGUAAUAUUCACAGUGGUCCUCGCAUUUGAAGAAUUCUGGCUUGAGUUUUCACUGUACAGAAGAUAUAGUGCUACAUUGUAUAUAUAAGAGCAAGUAACGUUGGUGUAAACAGUUCAUGAUGUACAAAAAAAAUGCGUGACAUGAGAUGUAUAUGUCAUUUUAUUUCAUAUUAUUUGAAUUAAAUAAAUUCAAAUGUAGGAACAUGUUGAAA